AUGUACAAGGUAUUGGAGCGCAUUAUCCUCGACCGACUCAUUAAACAUCGCGAAGAAACAACGCGCGACGAGCAAGCUGGCUUUCGUCCUCGCCGAUCUACGAUUGACCAGCGUUUCUUUGAAGCCACGUUCGACUCUCCUCAUCGAGCCCGUCUUCUCAACGCGCUCCACGCCGACGGAUUACAAGGAAAGUUCAUUCGCUUGCUUGAUGACAUGAAUCAACGAACAACUGCUGCAGUUCGAACACCACCCGGAUGUACAACACCGUUUGAAGUGGUAACUGGAGUAAGACAAGGGGCACUGGCAGGACCUUUCCUGUUCAAUUUCGCAAUCGACGACAUUAUGCGAAGAACAGUCGACCAUUGUCCUGCCGACAUUGUCUUAGCACCAUCAGGGUGCCCCUUGACUGACCUCGAGUACGCCGACGAUGUCGUUAUAUUCGCGGAAAGCAGUACGAAACUUCAACAUGUUGUCAACCUUGUAUCAAAGCCGGCUGCAGCCUAUGGACUACGCCUACGCCCUGAUAAAUGCAAGCAGAUGUGGAUCUCUUCGAGACCACGAACGGGAAUCAGGGUGGACGGACAACCGAUAGAACUCGUCGAUGAGUUUUGUUACUUAGGCUGUACGCUGAAGAACAAUGGCAGCUACGAGAGAGAUGUUCAGCAAAGAUGCGCUAAGGCCACUUCUGCAUUUAACUCCUUAACGAAAUGCCUGUGGUCGACCCCCAUCACCAACGAAGUCAAGCUGCGAGUCUACCUAUCCGCAAUUCACCCCAUCAUGAUGUACGGAUCGGAGACUUGGGCAGCACCAUCAACGGUUAUGGAGAGGCUUGACUGCACGGAACGAAAGCUGCUUAGACGGCGAUUUGGCUACUUUUGGCCUAAGGUAUGUCACAAUGAAGAUCUUUACGCAGAAAUUGAUGUGGUAUACCGGCGGAUGACACGUGGAAAACAUCAACAUCUUGCACCGCCAUCGAGAGUGGCUAAAGUGAAUCGCCUUCGCUUCUCUGGUGAUAUAUUAACGAGACCGGCACAUCGCAUUCUUCAAUGA